ACGUACUCACAGGGUCACAACAACAACAACAGCAAGAAGAAGAUUAUCGGAUUCCGGUUGACCGAAGAUGCAAGAGGGUUUAUUAUCAGAAACAAGAGAUAGAUAUAGUAGACAUAUAACAUGGAGUGUGUUUGGUGAAGAAGCAAAGAAAUUCGGGUACAUAGCAGGCCCAAUGGUGGCAGUGACUCUAUCUCAGUAUUUGUUGCAAGUUGUCUCCGUUAUGAUGGUCGGUCACAUCGGCGAGCUCGCUCUUUCUAGCACCGCCAUUGCCAUCUCCAUUUCUAGCGUCACUGGUUUCAGCUUACUCUUGGGAAUGGCAAGUGCACUAGAAACAUUAUGUGGACAAGCAUAUGGAGCUCAACAAUACCGAAAAUUCGGAGCUCAAAUAUACACAGCCAUCUUCUCUCUUCUACUAGUGUGCAUUCCUCUAUCCGUCUUAUGGAAACACAUGGAAAAUAUACUCAUUUUAAUGGGCCAAAGCCCUUCGAUUUCACAUGAAGCUGGAAAAUUCAUAACAUGGCUUAUUCCGGCACUCUUCGCUUAUGCAACACUUCAACCACUUAUUAGAUAUUUCCAAAUGCAAAGCAUGUUGUUGGCUAUGCUCAUUAGCUCAAGUGUUGCUUUAUGUAUACACAUUCCUCUUUGUUGGGUUCUAGUAUAUAAAACAGGAUUAAAAAACAUUGGAGCAGCCAUAUCAAUGGAUAUUGCAAUGUGGUUGAAUGUUACUUUUCUGUUUUUUUACAUGAAAUAUUCGCCAUCGUGUGAAAAAACCCGUGCUCCUAUAUCGCUUGAGGCGUUGCAUGGGAUGAAACAGUUCUUUAGCUAUGCUAUCCCGUCAGCUGUCAUGAUCUGUCUUGAAUGGUGGUCAUAUGAGUUUCUAAUAUUGUUGUCUGGUCUUCUGCCUAAUCCGGAGCUUGAAACUUCAGUACUCUCUAUAUGCCUCAACACUAUUGCUACACUUUAUGCCAUAGCUUAUGGAUUUGGGGCUGGCAUCAGCACUAGAGUCUCGAACGAACUAGGAGCUGGAAACCCACAAAGUGCUCGUGUGGCUGUCCACGUUGUCCUUCUUAUUGCGAUUGUCGAGACAAGUAUAGUUAGCACAAGUGUGUUUGUCAGCCGACAUGUUUUCGGUUACAUUUUCACUAAUGAGAAGGAAGUUGUCGAUUAUGUCACAAAGAUGGCACCUCUUCUCUGCCUAAACAUUUUGAUGGAUAGUCUACAAGGAACCCUUUCAGGUGUUGCGAGAGGCGUUGGAUGGCAACAUUUAGGGGCUUACAUUAAUCUUGCAGCAUUCUAUCUUGCUGGAAUCCCGAUCGCUGCUAUAUUGGGGUUUUGCACCUCACUACGGGGGGUGGGUCUAUGGAUUGGGAUACUCGUGGGCGCCUUUAUACAACUUACCCUUCUUAGUACUGUAGCGAUUUGUACAAAUUAUGAAAAACAGGCGGUGAAGGUGAGGGAAAGGUUAUUCGAGGAAGAAUCAUUGUUGGAGGGAUUAAGUGUACCCAUAAGUAACAUAGAAAGCACUAGUUUACUUAGUUAAAUGGUGCUAGUUUUGUGACUAUGCCCAUGUUUUGUUGGUUGUUAAAAAGAUUAGCAUUGUCACUUCAUGUUUUUGAUUAGCAUGUGUGUCAUUGGCAAUCUUUUUGUUAUAAGGAAUGGACUUAAAGUUUAUUUACUCCCCCCCCCCCCC